CAGAAUGUUUCGCUGAAUUCUACUACCGUUUAGGAAGUUCUGAUUAGACUAGGAUGCUCUCUACAAAGACCUUACCGCUCUUCUGAAUACAACCUGUGCUUUCCCAAACUGGGAACCUAGUGGAUUAACAGCUCCAAGAAGAUGCUUCUCUGAGACAAUUAGGAAAAGCAAGAUACAGAUAUUUUCAUCCAAGAGAUCAAUUGCUCUCCCUGUUCGAAAUAGUGCCCGACUCCCCACCGUAUUGAAGCAUCUCGAAAAUCAGAAGAGCAGUGGAAUGAAGAAAUAGAGGUAGCAGUGGAAAAUGGGGAAGUGCCAGCUGUCGCUUCUAGUGUUGCUGCUGUUUUUGCGGACAAUCCUGGGAGGGAAGCAGUGCCCUUCCCCUGUUUGUGAGUGCUACCAAGAAAGUGACUUCCGCGUUACCUGCAAGGACAUCCAUUUCAUUCCCAGACUGCCUCAGAAUACCCAAACAUUGAAAUUCACAGAGACUCAUCUGAAAACCAUCCCCAGUGAUGCAUUUGCAAAUCUGCCCAACAUUUCCAGGAUCUACUUAUCCAUAGAUGUAACUCUACAAAGACUGGAGGCCCAUUCAUUCUACAAUUUGAGUAAGAUGACUCAUAUAGAAAUUCGAAAUACUAGGAAUUUAACUUACAUAGAUCCCGAUGCCCUAAAAGACCUGCCUCUCUUAAAAUUCCUUGGGAUUUUCAAUACAGGACUUAAAAUAUUUCCUGACCUGACCAAAAUUGAUUCAGUUGAUGUGUUCUUUAUACUUGAAAUCACAGACAACCCUUUUAUAACUUCAGUUCCUGUGAAUGCUUUCCAAGGGCUGAGCAAUGAGACCUUAACCUUAAAACUCUAUAAUAAUGGUUUUACCUGGGUUCAAGGACAUGCCUUCAAUGGGACAAAGUUGGAUGCUGUUUACUUAAACAAGAACAAAUAUCUGACUGUCAUUGAUGAAGAUGCUUUUUUGGGAGUAUACAGUGGACCUACCCUGCUGGACAUUUCUUACACUAGUGUUACUGCCCUACCACCUAAGGGUCUGGAGCAUCUGAAAGAACUGAUAGCAAGAAAUACUUGGACUCUUAAGAAGCUUCCCUUUUCUUUGAGUUUCCUUCAACUGACACGGGCUGACCUUUCCUACCCAAGUCACUGCUGUGCCUUCAAGAACAGAAAGAAAAACAAAGGAAUCCUUGAGUCACUAAUGUGCAAUCAGAGCAGUAUUCAGAGCUUGCGUCAGAAGAAAUCUAUCAAUGCCUUGAAUGGUCCCUUCUACCAAGACUAUUCAGAGGAACAGAACCACACAAAUGAAGUGUAUGAGGGAGACUCCACAGACUUCCACAGCAAUUCCCAUUAUUAUGUCUUCUUUGAAGAACAGGAGGAUGAGAAUAUUGGAUUUGGCCAAGAACUUAAAAACCCUCAAGAGUUGAUCAUACAGGCAUUUGAUAGCCAUUAUGACUAUACUGUGUGUGGAGGCAAUGAGGAUGUGUCAUGCUCCCCAGAGCCAGAUGAAUUCAACCCCUGUGAAGAUAUAAUGGGAUAUAAGUUUCUUAGAAUCAUAGUAUGGUUUGUCAACCUCCUGGCUCUCCUUGGCAAUUUCUUUGUCCUCUUUAUUAUUCUCACCAGCCAUUACAAACUUACUGUCCCACGCUUUCUCAUGUGCAACUUAGCCUUUGCUGACUUCUGUAUGGGGAUUUACUUGCUCCUUAUUGCUUCUGUUGACCUCUAUACCCGCUCUGAGUACUACAACUAUGCCAUUGAUUGGCAGACUGGUUCUGGAUGCAACACAGCUGGAUUUUUCACUGUUUUUGCUAGUGAACUAUCUGUGUACACACUGACAAUCAUCACACUAGAGCGCUGGUAUGCUAUCACUUUUGCCAUGCGCCUAGACAGGAAGAUCCGCCUACGGCACGCAUUUAUGAUCAUGUUAGGUGGUUGGAUUUGCUGCUUUCUCCUAGCCUUGCUUCCAUUGGUGGGGGUCAGCAGUUAUGUCAAAGUUAGUAUCUGCCUUCCCAUGGAUACAGAGACUCCCCUUGCUCUUACCUACAUCAUUGUAGUCCUGCUGCUGAACAUUAUUGCUUUUAUCAUCAUCUGCAUCUGCUAUGUAAAAAUCUACAUCACUGUCCGAAAUCCCCAGUAUAGCCCAGGUGACAAAGAUACCAAAAUUGCCAAGAGGAUGGCAGUCCUGAUCUUCACUGAUUUCAUGUGCAUGGCCCCAAUUUCCUUCUAUGCUUUGUCAGCUGUUAUGAAUAAGCCCCUCAUCACUAUUAGCAACUCAAAAAUCUUGCUAGUCCUUUUCUACCCACUUAAUUCGUGUGCCAAUCCAUUCCUUUAUGCAAUCUUCACCAAGGCUUUCCGGAGAGAUGUUUUCAUUCUACUGAGUAAGUUUGGUAUCUGUAAGCACCAGGCUCAAGUCUACCGAGGACAGACAAUCUCUCCAAAGAAUAGCAUUGGUAUUAAUGGCCAGAAAGGUUGUCGGGGAGCAGGGAAAACCCUUGCCAAUGUGCAGGAUGAUUAUGAACUACUUGAAAACUUUCAUCUGGCCAAAGGCAAGCAGAACCACCUCAACAUAGACUGUAAACUGACAGUUUUAUAAGCUCUUCUUCAUACUCUAAAACAUCUCAAAAUGGUAAUCUGACAAAAUCCUGAUUUCUUAAUUGAAGGUUUUUAAUUCUGUGCCACAAUUCUUCCUCUUCCUUCUGGUUCCUGCAUUUCUUACAAUGAAUAAAAAAAUAUAUUUUGCACAUGAAAGACUAACCUAUUUUAUCCCAAAAACAUAUCACCCUUAAGAAAACAAAGAAGUAUUACCAUGACUAAGAUUGCAUCUCAAACUUAGAUGAUAGCAAAAUGGUGGAUCUUCUCUGGGAGAUUUCCCAAUUUGUUCUUAAAGCAAGACUAAAGACAAAAUGCUUUAAAAGUCAGUAGAGUUGUUGACAGUGGAGAUGCUCUAACUUCUGACAGCUCCUGCAGUAAUAUGGAGUCUGUAUUUGGACAUUCUCCAAUGAACUGGCUGACUUCAGUUUAUUAUAUGCUUCUUUUUAGCAUCGUAGUGCUUAGUUUCUUCAUGCUGUCACAAAAACCUGAAGCUACUUUGAACCUAAAGUCAAAAAAUAAGAAUACGAAGAGAGUGACUAUGGUAAGCAAUAAAUAACAGUGGAGAUGGGUUGUAAAGGAGAUCCUUUUUCAAGAUUUUUUUUCUGGUUCUAGCUACUCUUCGAAACCACUCACUUCGAAACUCCACAGAUGUGGAGAACUUCAUCUCCACAAGGGAUUCAAUCAUUUUGGGUUGCCCAGAAGAAUAUAUAAACUUGUUUCUAUGAGUAAAAGCCUAACUUCCUAAUGGGUAUCUUAGUACAAAGGAAUGGAAUUGUAGAAACCAUAUCUGGUUAACAACAGCUGUCUGUUAUAGUACUUAUAAAAGCCUAAAUUUGGCCCAUUAAGUACAAUAUAGUUUUCCUUACAUGUUACUAUGAAAAGCCUUUUCAACUUUCUACAAAAUAAAGUUUACUUGAUUUUAUCAACAUCAUCUCUCCUUAACCCAGACCGCUUACUUAUUGCUUCUCAUUUCCUUCGAUAUAAGGGAAUAGAAAGUAUUUUCUUUCUGAAAUAGGCUACUUUGAGAGUCAAGAGCCCUGAGUUCUAAACCUGACUCUUAUCAUUCUUAGGAUAUGUGACCUUGGGCAAGUCCCUUAAUACUGUCUGGCCCACAGUUUCCUCAUUUUUAAAGUGAGGUGUUUAGACUAGAUGAAUCCUAAAGUCCAUUAUGAUAAGAUUCCCACAAACACUUAUUUCCAUGAGAAACAUACAUGAAGGAAAUGGAGUGGAAAAAGAAAGACUGCCAUAUUUUCUUUAGACCUACUCUCUAUUUCUCAGAGGAUCCUGGCCAGGUGAGGGCAGGUUUCCUCCUAUUCAACCAAGCCAUGGAGUUCUUAAGAUUACUAAAUCAAACAGGUUAGAUUCUAAUGAUGAAUUGGGCUGAAUCUGAACUGUUAAGUUGGCAUCUAUUCUAUGUUCUAUGGUUGUUAAGACAAAAAAGGAAUCCUACAAAACUUUUUGGUGAAAUUAUUGAUACAAGUAAUAUGUAUUGUAAAGGAUAGUGAUGGAUCAGAAUAAUUCCCCACCCAAGAGCACUCAAAGCUUGCUUACACUACCUCUACCUCCUGUCCAAAUAGUCAUGAGAAUCCUCAAGAAUUGAUAUAUUUGUUAAGCAAAAUUUGGAUCAAAUUAAGAAGCUUCCAAAAGGUGAGUAAACAAUGCCACUUAAACUCAUGACAUUAAAAAAUCCGCACCUAGUGUUGGCUUCUCCUUGGCACCUGAAAAUCCUUUAUAUAUAUAUGUAUAUAUACAUACUAUCAUUUGUUUGCCUAUAUAUAUUCUCUGCUGCAAAAAAGACCCCAAACACAGAAGUCAUUUUUUUUCUUUAUGCUCAUUAACUCUUAUAUUGUGUCAAAUUAGGGUGCCAAAUGAACCCACUUGCAACUAUCAAAUCUGAUUACAGCUUUCAUAGUACCAGUUUAUUUGAAGACUUGCACACAUUUUAAUAGGAAAAUUCUAAAUACUCUAUCAUUAAUUACUCCCAAGUUGGCAUGCAAGUAUAUAAAAUUUAUUGAAUUUAUUAUUUUUUUGUAUAUACUUUGUAACAUUUUAUAAUGUUUUGUCUUAAUGAAAUUAUGCUUUUAAAGCACAGACCUAGAAAAUUUACUACAGCAGAAUCUUUGGUAGAAAUGAAUGUGCUACAUAUUUCUCAUGCUUUAAACUUCCUUCUUCUGAAAAGUAUUGCCUUGAGUUGCACAAUCUUCCUCUCUCUAACUCCAGCAUUCUUUUUGUGUCUAAUAUAUGUUUUAUAACUAACAAUCCCAGGAUGAAUGUUCAACUAGGAAGAAGAAUUAAUACCUUUGCCAACAAGGGUCUUGUUGGUUUCUAUUAUAAAUAAUAAUCCUUUGCUAGCUAGAGAUGCUAUGCUUAACUUAUGUCAUUUUGUGAAAACACUGAUAGCUAGUAAAUUACAUACUGUUUUUCUGAAGGUCUGGGAGCUUAUAUCAAGAAGUUAUUAAUUUUGACAACGGAACUGUAAACAGAAGCCUAAUGAAUAAAUGAGUUAUAAAAAGAAA